AUGGCCCCAUCCGCCGUCUCCUCCUCCUCCUCCUCCUCCUCCCACCCCGAUCCGCUCACCCCCCCAAUCCGCAUCCUCGUCACCGAGAAACUCUCCCCCGAAGGCCUCGCCCUGCUCCGAUCAACAGGCUUCCAAGUCGACACCCCGACCUCGCCACCCCUAUCCCCAGCCGACCUCCUCAAGCAGAUCCCGUUCUACCACGCCCUGAUAGUCCGUUCCGAGACCAAAGUCACGGCCGCCGUGCUCCAGGCAGCCGCCUCAUCGUCCAAGCUCCGCGUCGUGGCGCGGGCGGGUGUCGGCGUCGAUAACAUUGAUGUCGACGCCGCGACGCGGCAGGGCGUGAUUGUGGUGAACAGUCCGAGCGGGAAUGUGCUCGCUGCGGCGGAGCACACGAUUGCAUUGUUGAUGGCGGUCGCGAGGAAUGUUGGGGCGGCGGAUAGGGGGAUGAAGGAGGGGAGGUGGAAUCGCGGGGCGCUGGUUGGGGUGGAGGUCGGGAGGAAGGUUUUGGGGGUGGUGGGGAUGGGGAAGGUUGGUGUUAGGGUGGCGAGGAUGGCUAAAGGCUUGGGGAUGAAGGUGGUGGUGUUUGACCCCUAUGCGAGUGCUGAGCUUUGUAGGGAGGUGGGUGUUGAGGUCAGGGGGAAGUUGAUUGAUAUGUUGCCUGAGGUGGACUUCCUGACGGUGCACACGCCGCUGUUGGCGAGUACGGCAAACCUGCUCGGGGAGAAGGAGUUGCGCAGCAUGAAAAAGACGGCGAGGGUGUUGAACGUGGCUAGGGGCGGGGUGUACAACGAGGAGGCGCUGCUCAAGGCGUUGGACGAGGAGUGGAUUGCGGGCGCGGGACUGGACGUGUUCACUUCGGAGCCCCCCAGCGCGGGAUCGGUUGCGGCGAGGCUGGCGGCGCAUCCCAAGGUGGUUAGCACGCCGCAUCUGGGAGCGAGCACGGUCGAGGCGCAGGAGAACGUCUCGAUGGAUGUUUGCACGCAGGUUGUCGAGAUCCUGCGGGGAGGUUUGCCCACGGCGGCUGUCAACGCGCCAUUGAUUCUCCCUGAGGAGUACAGAAAGCUACAGCCGUUUGUCAGACUGAUCGAGCGCAUGGGCAGUCUGUACACGCAACACUUUGCUAGGGGGCGUGGUGGCAUGGUGGGCGGCCGACGCUUUGAGCUGGUCUAUCACGGCGAACUCGCCGGCAUGAGUAAGACGCGGCCCUUGUUUGCGGCGCUGGUCAAGGGGCUGGUGAGCUCCAUCAGCGACUUGGGCGGAAGGGACGUCAACAUUGUUAACGCCACGCUCAUUGCCAAGGAGCGCGGCCUUGCCAUCGACGAGAAGCACGUUCGCGACGGCGGCACUGUUCCCCGGUACGCAGGCGCCGUCACGUUACGCAGCGUGGGCACCGACGAGUCUGCUGCCCAGACGUCAGAGCAGGUCAUAGAGGGCUACGCCAGCGGCAACGCCGUGUACAUUUCCAAGCUGGAUCGUUUUACUGCGAACUUUCAACCCGAAGGCACGCUACUGGUGCUGCACAACUACGACGAGCCAGGCAAGAUAGGCAACGUCGGUUUCAUUCUCGGCCAGCACAAAAUCAAUAUCACCUUCAUGCAGGUGGCUGGGCUUGAGGGCGAAUUGGGCCCUGCUGCUACUUCUCAGCUUGUUCAGCUGGAGGAUGGACCUGUGGAGGCUGCGGGCGGCCAUGUUGCCAAGGAGGCGCUGAUGAUCCUGGGAGUGGCCGGAGAAGUGACACAGGAGGUGCUUGAUGAAUUGGCCAAAUCAGGGGGAAUUCUGGAUGUCAGUCUGGUCAGGCUGUAA